CAACGACGCUUGGACUUCAAACUGUCGCACGAAACGCACACUGUUUCUAUGCAAACAACCACCGCAACAACCGUUAACAAACGCUGGGUCUACAGAUGGACGUACGAUGCAGAUCAAAGUAGAUACAAUUAUAUAAACUAAAAAGAUGACACAGUCGAUAGUAGUCCAAGUUGGUCAGUGUGGGAAUCAGGUGGGCUGCCGCUUCUGGGACCUCGCACUCAGAGAACAUGCACACGUCAAUCAAAUGGGAAUUUAUGACGAGGCACUGAGCAGCUUCUUUAGAAAUGUUGACCAAAGAGGAGCAGACUCUACAGGAGGCAGGAUCAACGCUCUAAAGGCCAGGGCCGUGUUAGUGGACAUGGAGGAGGGAGUCCUAGGAGAGAUUCUGCAGGGGCCGUUGCGUUCUCUCUUCAGCAGCACACAACUCAUAAGUGAUGUCUCUGGUUCUGGGAACAACUGGGCAGUUGGGCAUCACACAUAUGGCUUGGCCUACAGAGAGCAGAUUGUGGAUCAGGUCCGCAAGGCUGCAGAGCACUGUGAUUGCCUUCAGUGCUUCUUCCUCAUUCACUCUAUGGGAGGAGGUACUGGUUCGGGGUUAGGCACUUUUGUGUUGAAGCUUCUAGAAGACGAGUUCCCUGAGGUAUGUCGGAUAGUGACCUCUGUCUACCCGACAGCAGAAGAUGAUGUCAUCACCUCUCCUUACAACAGCAUCCUAGCCAUGAAAGAACUCACAGAACACGCAGACUGUGUCUUGCCAGUUGAUAACCAGUCUCUGGUUGAUAUUGUUGGUAAGAUACAACACAUGUCCAACACUGGCAAACCAGGAGGUACCAUCAAGAAGGACUGUACCAUCAUCUCGGGACAAGGAGGGGUGGUGAAGGUCGAGAAACCUUUUGAUGCCAUGAACAACAUUGUGGCCAAUCUACUUCUUAAUAUUACCAGUUCAGCACGGUUUGAGGGCUCUCUCAACAUGGAUCUGAAUGAGAUCGCCAUGAACCUUGUUCCAUUCCCACGGUUACACUAUCUUUUGCCCAGUCUAACUCCUCUAUACACACUUGCUGAUGUCAACGUACCACCACGCAGGCUGGAUCAGAUGUUCUCAGAUGCGUUUAGUAAGGAGCAUCAGCUAAUCAAAGCCGACCCCAAACACAACCUGUAUCUGGCCUGUGCUCUUAUGCUGCGUGGAAAUGUUCAGUUGUCAGAUCUGCGCCGGAAUAUUGAGCGGCUGAAGCCCACCCUUCCGUUUGUCCCAUGGAAUCAGGAAGGAUGGAAGACUAGUCUGUGUUCAGUCCCUCCUGUGUGUCACUCACAUUCUCUGUUGGCUUUAGCGAACAACACUUGUGUGAAAUCUACCUUCAUUGAACUAAGGGAGCGUUUUGUGAAGCUCUACCGUAGGAAGGCUCACUUGCAUCACUAUCUAGCAGUUGACGGCAUGGAGUUGGCUGGAUUCAGUGAGGCCUUGUCAUCGAUCUCAGCUCUAAUUGAAGAAUACACACACCUGGAAAGCCCUCUCAUGCCCAACGCACCCAGACUCACCAUCGCCACCUGACUCGUGUGUAUAAUAGACAACGUACUCUAAAUUUCUACUUGUACAUAAACUAAAUAUUUAAUAUUUUUGGACUAAAGUUUUAUGUAAAACGUCUCUAUUUCUAGAGGCAUAGAAACAUUGGUUCAAAUAUUGUGAAUUUAGUGUGGAUUUGGUAGUACUACCUACAGCAUAACAAACAGUAUUAAGUCAAAUACAGUUGAGCUCGAUCCCUAAGCAAACCUGUCUGCUUGCAAUUUUCAAGUAAGCCCAAAGACUUUUUUAAAUGAAUUAGUUUUUGUUUUACAAGUUUGUGUUUGAUUAGGGCCAGACAUUAACUUUGCAAGACAGCGGAAAGUUGAAUUGUCUGUCUGUGUACUGUACUGGAGGCACAGAAAUUACACACUUCACCUGUAAAAUGUUGUUACUUUUUCUUUCAUAUAAAAAAAAGUUAAUAAAAUAGUCAUGAUAUCAAACAUUGCCUGGAUAAUGUAGUUUUAAUAGAAGAAGAAUCGCUGAUUCAUUUGUCAUUACACGUUAGUAAUACACAAAAAUAUCCACUUUAUCUUAAACGAGAUUAAAAUACACACUCAAUCCCAUAGUCUUGGCAUUGACAGUCAGCACAAAGCGUAAAAUUGUAUUCUCAUUUAAUAUGGCUCUGCAUUAACCUGUUGACAGAUGGUUUGUUUGCAGGUUAGCGCUUAGUUUUGUUUUUGCUUCAAUCUAUGCCUUUACAAUCAGUUGGUGCAGGGCAUCCAUAGGUCCCAAAAGUAUUGUUGUCCAGCUCUUGCCUCAGACUCAAUGAUCAACACCUCUCAAACAUGUACCAUUUACAUGGUAAUGCAAUGUCUGAUUUUAAAAUGGGUUUUGAAGGAUGAAUUUUGAGAUUUUAUGUUUUCAAGUGAUAUAUAACUUCUGAUGAUUUCUAAAAUGUGAUAGAGAAAAAGGCAACGAGGAAGUCUUUUUUUUUUAAACAAAGGUCAAAGCUCCUUUUGUAAUGUAGAUUUCUGAGGGUGCACUCUUGUCAUAAAUUGAUCUAUUACUUUUCCUACAUAAUUUUUAACAAAAAAUAUUGGUAAAAUAUAUAUUUGGGAGUCUUAGACCUUUCCAACGAUAUAUAGUUUGUCAAGAUUAGAUUAGAUUUGAUUGUAAUAUAGUAUAGUCAACGUAGGCGUCCCGUAUACGGGACGGGGUUACAAUUAACAGGUUAAAGAGACCCUCUUUAGAUGAAGCUGUUUGUUGCAUUCAUUUGUACUCUAUUUUUGCACUCUUUCUAUAGUGAAUGUCCUGUUUUGUGUGUGUGCUAGUAGGGUUAAGUUGUCUUGUGUAUGGGCUAAAUUUGAAAGCAAAAAGAUUCAAUCAAUAUCACUGUCACUUCAGAGUGCACAUCCCCAGUAGUAGUAAUACUAUUGUUUAUAUGUACCUAGUGUUACAUUGUAAUGCUUUCAAAAAAAAAAAUGAGAAACAACCCAAUAAACUCAUGAAACAACUCA